UUUACUCGUUGAUUUGAAGGCUUCUGAUGUUAAAUUCAUUCAAGAUGGCGGCUUCCAGUGGGAGGGUCGAUGAAUUUGUUAAAGAUUAUUUAAUAUUUCGAGGAUUGUCUUCAACACUUCGAGUUUUAGAAUCAGAGCUAAAAGUCGAAAAAGAAAAAGGGUUUCGUGUUGACAAGAUUGUGGACCAACUCAUGACCUACUUAGCUGCAUAUGAUUUACAGAACUUGAAAGAUUAUUGGCAGUUCCUAAACACAAGGUUAUUUUCACGGUUAGAAGAACGAUAUAGGAGCAGUGUAAAGAAAUUGGAGAUUGGACUGCUGAAGUUUUACUUGGUGAAUGCUGCACAGAAUGGCAGACAGGAUAAGAUCAUGGAUUUCUUUGAGAGGAUGUUGGACAUACUGCAGUCUUACUCAGAGUUCAAAGAAUGGUUUGUGUUUCCAUUUGUGCGAAACCACCGGGACCAUGCUCACUUUGGGAUGUACUUUACACCGCAGUGGCAGGACACCUUCCUGCUGUCUCUUCACAACUUCCUGAGCGUCAUUCUCCAGGCCAUGCCUGGACCAACCUUACUGAACUUUGAAGCAGAAUUGCGCAGAAAUAAUGAGCUGCAAGAAGAGAAUUGCAACUUAAAAUUAAAGCUGCAGACGCUUGGUCAAAAGCCAGAUGCUGAUGAGCAGAUGUCCCAAAUGGACAGGCGGCUGUCUGACAGAGGCCAUGCUGAGCUCAUGUAUGACUUCUCAUCGCUAGGAGAGGAUACAGCCAUACAGGAACCAGUUUCAAAAUCGUCGAAAAAGUUUUCCUUUCCCUCUUCCCCCCUGAGUAUAGGGAAGAAAUCUGAUAAGCAGCCACCACCUACCAAGAAAAAAGAAGAUUCCCUCAAAAUGUCUUUCAUGCUCAACAAAGUUGCCACCAAAGGGGCAAAGACAUUAACUGCCAGCACAGGGCAAAAAAAUGUGUCAAAGAGUAAAGUUCUGUCAGCCAUGGUGACUGGAGUAACGGGCGUUACCGUGCCGCUAGAUACGGCAACAAGUAACACUGCAGAGGUUACAGCCAAUCAGAAACUUCAAAAGAAAUUGGAAGAUGCACGGGCUAGAAAGGAGCUCCUGGAAGGGAAUGGGGAAAAAACUAAACCUAAAGAAGAGAAGACCGCACCUGUUACUGAGGGUGUGGUCAGUUACAAGAGGUCAGUGUCCGAGUCAGCAGGGUCCGUCGGCCAACACUCGCCCCAGACAGCCAGAAGUGUCUCCACAAAAACUGCCCCCAAUACAAAGACUUGGGGAACAUAUUCCUCUCCUCCAAAGCUGCUCCCAGAGGUUGGGGAUGAAGGUCACACAUCAGUCUCCAUGGAUACUGUGUCACCCCUAGCAACUGCAACCGUAGCAACCAUGAUUGGGACAGUAGCACCAGAAAAGGCACAAGAAAUGCAGACAUUCCCGUUGCACUCUAGCUCACAAAGUCUGUCAAGUCUCACUGAUGAUGGACUGCCUGUAGAUCCCAACAUAGCCAGUGAUAUAGCUAAGGCUAAACCAUUCCUGCUGUUAAGUCAGGAUGAGUAUGGAGAGCACAGGUCGUCCAUUUCGUAUGCAAGGUUUAGUAACAGCGGCCAGUACAUAGCAAGUGUAGAUGUGGAUGGGGUCGUCAAAGUGUGGGCCUGGAGUCCCCAGGCAGUAACCGCGGCAACGGUGAUGUCCAAGUCAGCAUUCCUGUCCUUGGAGUGGGCCAGCAAGUCAGACAGAUGGUUAUUGCUUGGCAACAGAUCUGGAAAUAUCCGACUAUUUGAUGUCAAGGAGAUGAAAUCAUUUUAUGAAGCCUCUGCAGAUUUAAGCUAUCCAAGAAUAAUUGGUCUAUACUCGAGCCCAACGUGUCAGAGUUUUGUGUGCUCAGCAUGUGUGGGAAGGGUGCGUAGCGGGUCCUUGGGCGUGGAUACAGGCCCCAGUAGGGACGCAAGGGUCGGAAAACUUACUAUCUGGGACCUCAAGACCAUGAAAGCUGAGCGUACCUUACCCCUGGAGCCGGGUCCAGUGGGGAUCACUAGCUGCAGCUUCAACCACAACGGACAGCUGCUGAUAGCAGGCGGAGUGGACGGCAUCAUUAGGCUCUUUGACGUAACCAAGCAGAAGUGCGUGUCCCAGUGGAUGGCCCACGUUGGUGAGGUUAGGCAGGUGCUCUACUCCGCAGACUACACAGCAUGCUACAGCCUGGGACAGGAUGGGCAGAUGUGUGAGUGGAGCAUGCACAAGACUGGAAAGAAGCUGCGUGACCUGCCCCUGCCCCAGGGAUCUGUACCGGACUACAGCGCCCUCGAGGGAUCCAACAGCAAGGAGAUUCCCGCGGGAAAACUGCUCGCAUUGGACACCGACGGGAAAUACUUGCUGGGUAGAAAUGGGAUUAGCUCGGAAAUCUAUCAGAUGAACUCCAGUGACCCUGGAAUGGUUCCAGUAAUGACUGUGAAAGGUCAUAGGUCAUCACCAAUAACAACUGUAGACUGGUCUCCAAACAUUGACACAAAAAUAUGCUUGACUGGUGACAUGAACGGAAGCAUUAUUGUAUCAACGUUGCUUACUCAGUAGCUGAUGUAAUUUAUCAAAAGUGUGCAAGUUGAUAUUCCACUAUGUUUUGUUAAUUGCUAUCUUCUUAGUUAUAUCGUGUGACUAAAAAAAGGUUGAUAGCAUUUUUUUUUAGUUUAAAUAUUAGAACCUCCAAUGUGAUGGGAAAUUGUGAAUUAUGUUAUAGAACUGUGUCUUUUCUGGCAGUGAAGUUUACUCAGUCUUGUUUUGUAUCAAAGAAUUGUUAUAUUAUUUGAAUCUUUUUACUUCAAAAUAUAACUGUAAUAAAUGUUGUUACACAUUCAAAAACAGGUCUUCAUGUUUAAGAAAUUAAAUUAUUACUACAGUAUGUCAAUGUUUUUGUAAAAUAAUUGUUAUAUAUUUAGUUAACCGAUUACAAUUAGCUGCUCUGUAUUGUUUUACACUGAAGAUUGUUUUAUAAAGGAUUAUUUUUUGUUUGUAAAUAUAUAUACAUAUUGUGUACAAAUAUACAUAUUGUUUACACAUAAACAUAGUGUGUACACAUGUACACAGUGUGUAUACUCCAUUCUGAUCAGGGCUGAAGUGUUUUUUCCAUUGAUCACAUGGAUUUUCUAACCUUUGUUAGUCUUUUGCCAAACUUGCUAAGAAACUCUGUUCAUCAAGUCAUACUUUUUCUUAUUUAUUGAUCCUAACAAAAACUGCUGGACCCAAAAAACAUGUACAUGGUAAUAUAUGCUGGUUGCUCUCAGACUGACAUUUCCUGAUUACAUGCAGGUUCACAGGAAAUUGUGCCAGGCAAUUUCAGGCAGAUUGCUAUAGUUAAUUAUAAUUUUUUACAAGCAAAAUUGUUUUAAUUGGAAUAAGUGAGUUAUUGAAUAAAUUAGUACGACCGGUAAUUGUAAAUAAGUACUUAAAUUUGUUAAUAUUUUCGUUGCAUCAUCAUACCUGCAUUUUCAAGAAAACAUUGCAUCCUAUAAUUUUUGGUGCAUGCAACACUCUUGAUACAACAAAAGAGUGCACUAUAGUGCAACAUUUUGUUUAUUUUCAUUUUGUGUUUUUUGCAGCCAUUUUCUUUUUUUAAGCGAAAAAGUGAAAACAACUUUAUAAGAGAAAACAAGGAUGAAUAGAACACCAGGCAUAUAUUUGCAUAGCAUUGAAAUUUGAACAAUUCUCCUAGGCUUAAGGUUUAGUUUUUCUAAUCCUCGCUAAAUAAACCUAUUUGAAUUACACUUACCUAGAAUUCUUUAUGGGCUUAUUUUGCGGUCUCGCUAAAUACUCAAUAGGUAUAUACAUGCAUAAACAUUGUUUUAGGUUUUAAUAUGUCUGAUGUUCACAUACAUUUAAAAGUUUUCUAUUUAUUUUAUAAGUAUGUCUGUAUUUAUGGAGAUUUGAGAUUAUUUUAUGUAUCUUCAAAGAUUUAUAUUAAAAUAAUAGUUUCAAUAAAUUAAUAUCUAACUUGUUGUCUAACCGAACAUUCAAUGAAACAUUCAAUUUUAGAUCAGCAAAAAUGAUAUUUUGUAUGACUUAUGCUUUAAAAAUUGUAAGGUCAUUUUUGGAAAUUUACCUGAAAUUGUAUGUUCCUUGUCAGUCUUGAUAUUAUAUCAUUAUUUUGUACUUUUUGUAGACUGUCACUUUCAUCAAAACUCAUAAGUAUGUUUACUUGCACUGAGUAGUUAAUGGUUAAUUGUUGCACAAAAUGUUUAAUCUGUUGUUAUUCUGGGUAACAGUGCAAUAAAAUUAAAAUUUG